UGGUCGCAUGUGUUGCCGUGUUUGGAGAAUUAGCUCCAUGUGGUGAAAAUGUCUAUCGGUGGGGGACUUUGUUUUUUAAUUCGAGUGCCAACAGAAGAAUACGAAAAGGAGGCCUUCGAUUUCCGGAGAAAAUCACCACAAAUACUUACACCGAGUACAGACACAGCGUUUGAAAACGGAUUGCCAAAUAUAAAUGAAACCACAGAAUCUUUCAAAUCUGAUGAAACAGAAGUCAAAACUCGAAUAACAGAUCCUCUGGAACAAAUACUCCGAAAGUCCUUAGAAGAAGUUAGGGUAUUUGAUGCACUUUGGACACUGGACAAAGAUGAAAAGUUUUAUCAAGUGUCUUUCACUUGCAGCCCAGGUCUUCCGUGUGAUCUAAUUCUGACAACUCUAGCCACAAACGGAAUUGGGAUGUGUAAAGGAUCAUCCCUAGUAGUGUUACCAUGUACAGUUUGGCUGCAAGAAGAAGACGAGUCUGUUCCAGGUUUUCGAGAAAGCGAUCAAAAAUUGCAAUUUAUAUGUGACGACGAGAAAAAGAGUGAUAGUGACGUUUCAACCUUAUCAAAAACAAAGUCUGAAGUGAAGAAAGCAUUUCGGAAUUUCAAAGACAUGCAAAAGAAGUUUUUGAAAACAGUAACAGCAAGACUUACUGUGGCACAAGUUGUCGAUGGUGUUAGAGCCGGUGCCGAACUCACAUUCGAUUUCAUCAUGUUCGUACUAAUAGCCAGUAUGAUUGCUGCCUUGGGUCUCCUAGAAAACAGCUCAGUUAUUAUUGUCGCAUCAAUGCUCAUCUCACCCAUCAUGGGUCCAAUCUUAGCUGGAACAUUUGGAGCAGUUAUACGAGAUCGCUCUCUCAGGAAUAUUGGCAUAAAAACUGAAAUUGUGGGACUGUUUCUCUGUGUUUUCAUUGGUUUUAUAAUAGGGUUGACUAGCGAAGGCAUCAAUAGCGUAUGGGGUCGCCGCGAGUGGCCUAACUCUGAAAUGAUCAGCAGGGGUCAAGAAAGAAGUCUGUGGAUUGGAGUCUUGAUCGCUCUUCCGUCUGGUGCUGGCGUUGCUUUGUCGGUAUUGGGAGGAAAUGCGGGAUCUUUAGUUGGAGUUGCUAUUUCUGCAUCCUUAUUACCACCUGCUGUUAACGCGGGUUUGUUAUGGGGUAUGGCUACAGUACGAACCCUGAGAGCACAGGAUGAACCACUGCAGUUCGUUCGUGUCGAGGGCAUCAUGCGCCUGCUAAAACCUUCCCUGGUACCCCCCAUAGAUUAUGAAGUUCAUUAUUUCCCGGAGAUGGACCGGGAAUGCGCAGUCCUAGGGCUGGUUUCUCUCGUACUGGCACUCAUCAACAUCAUCUGCAUAUUUUUGGCUGCUUUGGUUGUAUUGAAGAUAAAAGAAGUGGCCCCAAUAACAAACAUGGCAAAAACUUCUAGGUUUUGGAAGGAAGACAUCAAAAUUGCUCGAGAUUAUAACACAUCCAUGCCGGCAGCCGAAGCCGAAGAGCUUGGACAACAGUUUCUAGCAGAAUGGGCGACUUUAAACGGCUUGGAACCAGAUGCUUUAUUAGGUGGCGAUGAUGCCGAAGCUGCGUUAACUCGUUUGGAAACUCUUAAAGAUAUCAUGCAGGAUGUAGAAAAUGAUCCAGUCUUUCAAACUGUUGCUAGGUCUGUAAGCUGCGUUGCUGAUCCAAGACCCUUGAGUCAACGACUGAGCGUCAUGACACUAACACCUUCCAGUUUAGCCACCUCAUCUCCUGCAGUGCGUCGGAAGAGUGAAAUCCGAAGUUGGUUGAGGUCUUCUUUGAGCCCUCACGAGAAUGGUGCUCAAAACGUUCAUCCAGAUCCAUCCUUUAAAGACGUAGAAUUGCGUCGUCCAUAUACGCACAGUCUGUCCCCUAGUCUGCAGAGGGCUACAUCCGGCAUUCGAGGCAGCGUGGCAGUCCUCAGACAAUCCCUGAUGACAUCCGACAACCCGUACACACUGUGGCCUUCCGCAAAACAAGAAUCGGCCAACAAGGUUCGAUUUCUGGUGACUCCAGUGGCCGAAGAAGCUCUCAUGAGCGUGCCUACCUCUCCCAUGCGGCAUCGAAGAGUCAGUCGGUUCUUACAGGACCCAUGCGUCAUAGUGAAAGAAACCACUUGCUGACAUUGCGAGUUCUUUUUUGUUUUCAACCAAAAAGUUAAUUUAUAGACAAUGAAAGCACACUUGGAAUUCUUCAAGAAUGCUGGUCUUGUACAUAGGAACCUCAUUGUACAAUUACUGUUCGAAAUCGGAGCUUUUGCUAAAGAAAACUUAGCAGUUGGAGCCCCAGCUAUUACGCUUUCAAUUGGCAAUGGGUACCAAUAAUCAAAUUCUGCGAAGGAAAUAUACUUAUGAAUAAAAAGUGAGUGUUGUUGACAGCUGAUUCGUCAAAGAAAAUAAUCAAUAAACAAAGGACUCAGGAUCAUUUUAAUUAUAUGUUGUAGACAAUUGUUAUGCUAAUUAAAUAUAAUAACAAUCAAUAAAUCUUGUUAA